AUGAAGAUUGUGGCUUUGUGGUUUAGUGACGAAAGAGACAAGCGAGGGGGCGAAGUCCUCCCUUUGCGUAAUGGUUUGGUUGAACUAAAAAGCGAUCUUAAACUCCUAUGUUUCCCUGCUGAUGAUGCUUUGGGCUUGCCCAAAAACUAUACAGCUUUGCCUAGAUUCUGGCUCUCUCUAGAUUCUCCCACGUCUCAUGUCCCUCCGUGA